AUGUCUAAAGAUGUAAAUGACGGUAAAUUCGCAAAUGACGCCCAAAUGAAAGCCACGAAACGUAUACAAGAAAUAUAUCGAAAACAAAGGAAAGAAAAACUUAGGAAAUAUUUAAAAAUGAAAGAAGAUGAAGAAAGGAGAAAAUUGCCAAAUGAUGCUGCUGUCAAAUCAACUUGUAAACGGCUGAAAAUGAUGAAGAAACAAUUUAUUGAAAGUUUAACAUCGGAAAUGGAAUAUAUCAUAGCUAACCAACCGAAUGCAAUGACAUCAUUAAGAGUUAAAGCGAUUUUUAUGAUUGGUCUACAAAAUAAAUUGAUACAACAAUUGAAAAAAUCAAUUCGUCAAAAUUCGAAAAUUCAAAAGAUUUUAACAAAAGAUUAUGAUCAAGCAGUGCUACGUAGAAUGUGA